UGUGAUAUAUUGAUAUGAAGAUAGCAUAAAAGUUACGCUGUUAUGUCAACAUUGUCAUAUUUUGUCCACAGAAACAGUAUAUUUUGAUAUUUAACAAUAAGAAAAUAUAGAAAAUAGUAUACAUAAUACACCGAUCAUAUUGGCACAUCAAUUGCAGGAUUUAAAAGGCUGAUGAACCAUGUUACCUCCACACAAUGGUGAAAUAAUGCAUCUUAAUGUUGGUGGUACUAGGUUCUCAACAUCUCGGCAAACAUUAACAUGGGUGCCAGAUUCUUUUUUUACUGCUCUACUAAGUGGCCGUAUAUCUAGUCUACGGGAUGACACAGGUGCUAUAUUCAUAGACCGUGAUCCAAAAGUUUUUGCCAUCAUUUUGAACUAUCUACGAACACAUGACAUCGAUUUGUCUGGCACUGAUAUUAGAACAUUACGCCAUGAAGCGGAAUUUUAUGGCAUUAUGCCUCUAGUCAAACGCCUUAUUCUGUGUGAAGAUCUUGAGCAAUCGUCUUGUGGGGACAUUCUGUUUUAUAGCAUGUUACCAGCUCCAAACCCUCCUAUGCAAGAGUCCGAAAUAAUUAGUAAUGCAACUAAAGUAGAUGAUCAAACAAGACCUGGUUCAAUAGUCCGUGUCCCUGAACCAGCACCACCACCAAAUUCACCAUCAUCAAUACCUCAUACUCAUGGUUAUCAAAGUCGUUGUCAUUCUCGUAACUCAUCUUUGGACAUUUCUCGAGUUACUGUAAAUGGUCGCGGGUCAGUCAUUAAUGGACGUGGCAACGGUAAUAGUGGACACUCUCGAGCAGCUUCACUUGGUAACCAUGUACCCAAUCACCAUUCCAGAAACUCAUCAGCUGAUCUCAACAAGUAUAUUAGAAACGAUGCACUAAACUUGGUUUUUGGUUAUAAUCAAGGUUCUAACUGGGCUGAUCCAUUGCGUGUCCAAAUCAUCAAAGCUCACCAUAAUUGGAUUGUAGUUGCUUACGCUCAUUUUAUUGUUUGCUACAGAUUAAAAGAUUCAAGUGGUUGGCAACAAGUUUUUACAUCGCCGCAUAUAGACAACUGUAUUGAACGAAUAGCAAUUAAUGCUAAAAUGAAUAGCCAAAAUGGUAAUUCUGAUGGUUCCUCUGUUAUGGUUGCUAUAUCGUAUGGAAAUCAAGUUCGACUUUGGGGAGUAUCAGAACAGGGAUCUAGAACCAAUAUAGGUACAUUCAAUUUGAAUGUUCGUGUAGAGCAUUUAUUUUUUAUUGGUAGCCAACUUGUUGCUUUAUCACCCACUGGUAAAAUAGGGGUUUGGCAUGCCAUGACUCAACAUUGGCAAACUCAAGAUGUAGUACCAAUCGCAUCAUUUGAUACGGCUGGUUCAUUUCUGCUUCUUGGUUGUAAUAAUGGAUCAAUAUAUUAUAUUGAUAUGCAAAAAUUUCCAUUGCGGAUGAAAGACAAUGAUUUACUAGUAACUGAGCUCUAUAGAGAUCCAUCAAAUGAUCCAAUCACUGCUAUUUCUGUUUAUUUGACUCCUAAAACAAGUGUCAGUGGAAAUUGGAUUGAAAUAGCAUAUGGUACAAGUUCAGGUACAGUGCGUGUGAUCGUCCAACAUCCAGAGACUGUAGGACACGGUCCUCAACUGUUUCAGACAUUCACUGUACACCAAAGUUCUGUUACCAAAGUUACGCUGUCAGAAAAGUUUCUGGUGUCCGUUUGUAGUGAAUACAAUCAUGUGAGGACAUGGAGUGUAACUAGAUUUAGAGGAAUGAUUUCUACACAACCAGGUUCUACUCCAGUUGCUUCAUUUAAGAUACUAUCCCUUGAAGAAGUUGAACCCUGCAUUAGCUACUGUGCUGGAAAUGAUUGUGGACCAUAUGGUGAGCAAGACGACGAACAAGUGUUUGUUCAAAAGGUCAUGCCCGAAACUUCUGAACUAUUUGUUCGUCUUGCAUCCAAUGGUAAAAGAGUUUGCAUAAUUCGAGCUGUGGAUUGUACGAUAAUUACUUGUUUUUGUGUGCACGAAUGUGAAGGCUCUAGUCGCAUGGGAUCAAGGCCUCGCCGGUUUAUACUGACCGGACACUGUAACGGGGCUAUUCAAAUGUGGGACUUGACCACCGCUUUGGAUUUAGCUAACAAAUGUCUGCAACCUAUCCCAAAUGGAGGUCCAACAGCCGAAGAACUGUUACGUUUGCUUGACCAAUGUGAUCUGAGCAACAGCCACUGUUCAACACCUAGUUUAUCGCCAUAUCCAGGAAUGUUGAUCACAAAAGGAAAUACGGCUAGAUUAAAGGCAUCCAAUGUGGCCUUUCUCAAUCAAUCUCAACAAACUGACGCAUCCACUUCAACAUCAUCCUUGUAAAAUUAUCUUAGGUAUAUGCAUUGAAGUACAAAGUUACAAUUAUAAAUUCAAAAAUUAAAUAUUUAGGAGCAUAUUAAAUUAAUAACUACUCAUUCAAGGUCAAAUGCAGAUCAUUUUUUUUUUUUUUAAUUGAAUAUUUAUAAAAUUACUAUGGAAUUCAUAAUAGAUGUAUAAUAAUUGACAGUGUUUCAUUACAUUUAACUAUUUGUCUCAAAUAAGAACAAAAUAUAUAUGUUUUAAACACUUCAUAUGGAUUAUAUUAUAUAGGCUCAACUUGAUUACAUGUUAGUUGUAUUUCUUCUUUGAAAUGAUGACUAUCAAUGUCUUAGGCAUUUUGUGUAGCAAAAUAAUAAAUGCAACAUAAAAUA